GAUUGGGAGGCGGAGGAACCGCUACCGUUGCCAUGGGUAACUGAACCGGCUCGUUCCGCCUGGGCAAAGCCUCCUGGGAGUGGUGGUUCGGCUGCGCCCCACGCCUACCUCCCUUGUGGGCAGAGGAACUACAACUCCCACGGAGACUCGGAGGCAGCCUAGGCAAAGGAGUGGUUGUUUCAGCUUUGGCCUUGGUCGGUGCCUGAACCUGGAAAAUGUUGCUGGCGCCCCAGGACAAGUCCUCCUCCAGGAAGAGGACGGGGCUGAAUCGCUGGAAACAGUUUACGAGAAGGCCGAAUCCCACCAAGCCUGUGUUUGACCCUGACAAUGUGGAACACUGGAUUAAGAGAGUGAAGAAAGCUUCUGAAUUUGCAGUUUCUCAAGUAUUUUCUGCUGGAAAUUCAGAUUUAUCCAGAAGGCUUUGGGGCCAACUUGUAGAUUUGGAAACACCUGAGCAAAUAGAAGAUCAUGAAGAAGUCUACACAGAAGCUCAGGAAUUGGUCAGUGACUGGUUAGACACCAAACUUAAGCAAGAACUAGCAAGUGAUGGGGACAGUGAUGCUAAAGACACUGUGUCCAGUGUCCCUCCUGUGCCAGAAGCCAAUGGACAUUUGAAAUAUGACAGGUUUGAUGAUUUAUGUGGUUAUUUGGAGGAAGAAGAUGAGAGUACCACUGUUCAAAAAUUCAUAGACCAUCUGCUCCAUAAAGACGUGGUGGAUUCUGGGAUAUUGGAAGAUCUUGGAAUGAAUGAAAAGCAAGACAAGAAGUGGCAGAAGGAUCCUCGUCUUACGAUGGAGAUGAGACAUAAGCAGGUAAAAGAAAAUCGCUUAAGACGUGAGAAAGAGCUGGAGCGCCAGAGAAUUGAAAAGACCCUGAAAAAAUCGGCCUUCUUAGAGGCUCAGUAUCUGGUGCAAGAAGAGAAGAAAAGGAAGGCUCUAGAGGCCAAGAAAGAGGAGGAGGAGAUUCAAAGGGAGAUGGUAAAGCUGCGGAGGGAGAUAAUUGAGAGGCGACUUACAGUGGAAGAAGCAUGGAAAAUAGAGAAGAAGAAGCAAGAAAAUUCUCCAAAAAUUCCAGAGAAAGGCAUGUUUCAAAGUGUUCCUAUUCUUCUGGAUGAAGAAAAAAUGGCAAAAGAAAGAAAGAAGAAGCUGAGAGAGUUAUUAAUACAAACUUUCAAGGAAAAUCACCAGUGUCAAAAACGGUAUUUCUCUGCCUGGCACAAGCUGAUUCUUGAUCAUAGAAUUAAGCUGGGAAAAGCUGGGACCCUGUCCGACUGGAAGUUGCAACUGAAGGUCCUGCGGGCCUGGAGAGACUACACGAGAUCCCAGAAGUUGGGGCGGGAGACUCAAGCCAUAGAAAAUUACCUUAGAGAAGAAAACAGAAAACAACAACUGGCCGCUGAGUAUAACCGGAAACAAGUUCUCCAACACCAUUUUACAGAAUGGCAGCGUUGGCAUCGUAUAGAGAUCCGAAAGAGAGAACUGGCCAUAACAAAGGAGGAAACCAGGAAGAAAAUGAAUGAGCUGCUGGAGGCAGCAUCACUAGGGAAACUCAGUGCAAACAUGUCAUCAAGCAUCAGUCUGCUUGAGGAGGCAACAGCUAUGGAGGAUCCACCUAGAAAUGGAGAGGUGGCUGCUGUCCCCGCUUUGUGGGAAAAGCCUCCCUCGGGGAGUAGUGGUUUUCUGCCCAGCUACUACCUAGGAAGACCAACAAAGAGCAUCUUGCAGGUUCCCCUCCAAAAGGCCCCUCCAGAUACAUCUGACAGUAAGCCACACAAGGGCCCAGGUGAUGAGCCCUCCCAACAGCCUGGUAACAAAAAGAAGUUCAGAACCAGCAGCCGGAAAGCAGAACCUGUUUGCAUGAGUCAUUUCUGCAACCGCCAUAUCUUCCAGCAGCAGCUGAUUGAAAAGCAGAAGAAGAAACUUCAGAAACAGCAGAAAACAAUUCUGGAGCUGAAGGAAAACCAGUGGCUGGCAGAGGCUCAGCGGGCAGCAGGGCUUACACACCCACAGAGCUGCCAGCUGUCAAACCCGGGAGAAGAUGAAUGGGAAGGAAUCGGUCAGGUGCUUCCAAAUUCACCUGUUGCUUCCCUUGGGACUGAAGGUAGUGACUCCCGAAAUUCUCUUUCUGGACCCAGAAGGAAUCCAAGGCAGUUGAUGGCGCCCCAUCCCAUACUGAAAGCCAUGGAAGAGAGAGCAGUUCAGCGAGCUGAACGUAGGCGGAUCUUGGCAGAGAAGAAGAAAAAACAAGAAGAGGAGAAAUUGGCCCAGUUAAAGGCCCAAGAGGAGGAGCGUCAGAAGAAGGAGGCAGAAGAAAAGGAGGCUCAGCUUGAGAAAAAAAGAGAAGAGAAGAGACUGAAGAAAAUGAAAGAACUAGAGAAGCAGAAGAGAAUUAAGAGGAACCAGCAGCUGGAAACAAUAGCCAAAGAACACUAUGAAAGCGUAUUGCUAAGAAAGAAAGGUCUGGAGCCUUGGAAGAGGCUAAGAAUGCAAAGCAUGCAAAACCUCCAGGUGGCCAAAGAGCAUCACUCUUUGACCCUACAGAGGAAAUGCUUGCUGACCUGGUUCCAGUGGAGUCAGGAAAGCCUGGCUAAGAAGAUGGCCCAGGCUGAUCAAUUUUAUUCACAAAUAUUGCUUAGGAGAGUCAUCCGGAGCUGGCUACAGCACCUGAUUGAUCUAGAUGAAGAAGUAAGAAAACUGUGCGUACAUUUUCUUCAGAAGAAGAUUUUCAGGGCCUGGAGUGACAUGGUCAGGGAAGCCAGGGUCGAUUCUAAGAACAAGCACAAGAUUGCUGUGGAGCACAGUGACAGGGGGCCCCUGUAUGGAGAUCUCACCUGUAAUCUGAAUAUACUCCAGGGCAAUAGAAGAGAGCUGUGAAGACACUUCUGUCUGUACAGAUGGUGUCCAAGGUCAGCGUUAUCCCAUACACCGAGGUGAGCAGGAAGACCAAAAGGGCAAGUAUAAAUGCUUGAUGGUUUGAUUCUCCGACACAGCUAUUUAUCCUCAAAACAGCACAAGGGGGAAGAAAGCAAACAUGUCUUUAAAAGUUCUCUAUGUAACUCAAUAAACAAGAAGGCAUUUAAUACAGGGAUAGUAUGCAUUUCAGUUAUUAAAAAAAAUAUAUGUUCUCUUGUUUUCACUUUUAGGGAAUUAAAAAUUUGUCUGCUGAGAGAUGUAUUCUUACAUUCUCUAAUCUCUGCAAAGUGAAAUCCUCUCAUUCGUUUAAGGACAAAAGUACGUGAAAAGUAAAACAUGGCUAACAAAUCUUUCUAGAUAUUAGUAAGUGAGGUCUGUUACCCAAUGUUAACACUGUCAUCACUGCUAUAAGGAUAAGAUGGUAUCAGAGUUAUAAUAACUUAAAAAUGCUAGAUCAGAAGUAUUACACAGUGUGGGAAAAAAAUCCCUAUUAAAUACACAUAUUAAUAAAAGAUCCCAGGAGGUUAGAAAUGCAGUGUGGGGUUGGGAAACAGCUCAAUAGUAUGCAGACUACUUGUCACGUACAGAGUUCCAUGUCAUGGCCGUUUGCAGGGCAUGUUGAUGGGCACAUCAGGAUAAUCCAGUGGGCAGAGAUCUCAUAAGUGAGGCUAUCAGGCCCUCUGCAAACCAGUGCUUGCAAAUGGACCACCACCACCCUGCACACACACAUGCAGGCAUGCAUGAGAAUAAAUGAUGAAGACAGAGAAGAGGAAAACCUAAAAAUGAAAAUACCUGUUUACUCCUAAAGCCCAAAGCCCCAGAAAAACAGCUGUCCCUGUUCACAAGCCCUGAACUUAAGGUCUGCUUCUGUGCCAUCCAGGCAGUCAGCACCCUCACCCUUCUCCACACCUCCUUCUAAGGGGGAGAGUGGAACAUGACCGGAAUCCUUGGCAUAAGAAGAGUAAUUCACUGACUGCAACUGCCUCAAGAGCAAGAAAGUUGCAAAUAAGCUACUUAGAACAUUCACACGGGAAUGAAUCACACCCCUUUUAAGAUUUAGUCAGUAAAGCUGCAACAUUUUCUUUAGAAGUCACAUCUUACAGGCCUCAGGUGUCCUCAUUUGUCACUGGGCAGCAAAGAAGUGCCCCCCAAAAGCCCACUUCUGCACAAAUAACCAAAUAGGGAAUUAUCUGUCAGGGCCGUAAGUCAAGAAUGUAGACUAGAAAUCAUUGGCACAUCUAAAUGAUGGAAGAAUACACAGAGGAUAAGAGUCACCUAGAGGUAUAGGAACAUGUUCUGAGCUAUGUGAGGGAGAUGCACGUAUACUACUUCUAAUACAUUCUUUUUUUAAAUGUCAUUCAACUGUAGAUACCUGUCUCAUAGAAAGGAGAAAAUGAGGGACAGCUAAGAAGAGAAAGCCACCCCCCCCCAAAAAAAAACACCUUCAGGAAAUGACUGAAAAGAACUAAAUUUGUGAAGCUCGAAAAACUGAUGACUAAGUGGCAACAUCAUAUAAAGCCCACAAAUAUCUACAAGGUGUAAAGCUGGGAAGGCGAGAAAUGAGGAUGGCACAAAGGAAAAGCACACUCAGCAAGAGUCUCACGUGAACUUAUGUAGACUCUGCAAGCCUCCAGAUCUUUCCAACAUACCAGACACAGUGAUGAUCCAUCCUCCUCACACAGAUGCCGCAGAUCCGGCAGUGCCACGCCCGGGCUGGCCGCACCAACUGGCACUUGGUGCAC